GAUAGAAAGAAGAGGACAUUAAGGUUAUAAAAUUAAUAAGACAAUAUUAUUAUGACAUUGUUAAUGGGAGUUUCUCUUUACGCUAAUUGAAUAUACUUUGAACAUUGACAGCAAUGGGAAUUAUAUUUGCAUUAAACUCAAAAGAGCCAAACCUAAUCAAAGAUCAAGAUCUAAUUACAGAACUGGAUAAUAUAAAGAUUGAGCGGCAGCUGCAGAUGAGAUAUCAAAUGAGGCAGAGGCAAACAGCAUUAGAAAUUGCCAAACAACGCGAAUUGUUUUAUUGGUUUGGAGCUUUUUAUUUAACAAGCGUUGCUGGUGCUAUAGCAAGUUACAGAUAUAAACGAAAAUCUUCAUUGAUUUUGCCGCUGGUUCCAUUAACUUUUGUCUUCGCUUAUCAAGCGGAUUUGGCUUAUGGUACCAAGCGUCAUAGGAUUUUGGUUGAAGCUGAACAUAUAAUGCAAUUUGAGGAAGAUCUUCUGGAACUUCCUCUUGGGGUGCCUACACCUUCUUCUAUUGAUUUAAAGAGGAUGCAGAAUGAUGAACAAAAAAAACUGCAUCCUCACUUACCCCCAUUAUAAUCUAUUAAAAUAACAGUUCCCCUUGUUA